GAAAAUCUUUUACCAGCUAAGAGAGAAAGUGCGAGAAAAUUCUGGCCUUUCUUUUUCUCACCUUCCAAACACGGAGUUUUCCUUUUUUCCCCCUUUUCUCUUAAUAACCCCUUUUCGCUUCUUCCUCCUAUCUGACCCUUCAAACCCAUGAUUUAGAAUUUCCGAUUUGACCUUUUGAUUCCGCGAAAUUCCGCGAUUUCUUCGAUUCGUUUGAUCUGGGCAAAAAGCCGACGGGUUCUCCGAGGAAAUCCGCCGGAUUUCUCCUCCCCUUGCGUCCAUGGCUAGCGCCGCGAUUUUCUCAUCCCUGCGGCGGAGGAGAUCGCCGUCGCUGGAGGCAUUCCUUGCUCCGGUCAACCUCACCGGCAUCGCCCUUGUUCAAACCCUAGCCUCGAUUUCGUCGGAGGUUGUCUCGUGCUUCAGUGGCGUCCACUUCUUCUUCCAACGCAGGAACGCUCGCUCACUGAUUCGUAAGAUCGAAGUCUUCGUCGUCAUGUUCGAAUUUCUCUCCGAUUCGGGUUCAGGUCCUGGUCGGGUUCUCUCUCAUACGGCGGUGCUAUGUCUGAAGGAGCUCUAUCUUCUCCUCUACCGUUCCAAAAUCCUCCUCGACUACUGCGCUCAAUCCAGUAAGUUAUGGCUGUUGCUGCAAAACCCAUCGAUUUCAGGGUAUUUCCAUGAUCUGGAUCAAGAAAUCUCGACCCUUUUGGAUGUUAUUCCCGUUAACGAUCUGGGUCUGAGCGAUGACAUUAGAGAGCAGAUCGAGCUAUUGCAGAAACAAUCCAGGAACACGAAACUGCAUGUUGAUGAGAACGACGAAGCACUGAGGGACAGGUUCUACUCGUUCCUCGACGAGUUCGAGAACGGUCGGAUGCCAGAUUCGUCGGAACUGAGAUCGUUCUUUGUGGAAAAACUCGGAAUUGCGGAUUCGAAGAGGUGCAGAGCUGAAAUCGAGUUUCUGGAUGAACAGAUUGUGAAUCAUGAUGGAGAUAUGGAGCCUACAGGAUCGGUGAUUAACGGGUUUGUGGCGAUCACUCGUUACUGCAGGUUUUUGCUAUUUGGAUUCGAAGAAGAUGGAUUGGAGUGGAGAAUCGAGAAUCCGAAGAAGCUGAGGAAAGGGGUUAUUGCGCAGGAGAUUGGGGACACUUUUAUAACGAUUCCAAAGGAUUUUGUUUGUCCAAUCUCUCUGGAUUUGAUGAGGGAUCCUGUUAUUGUUUCGACAGGACAGACUUAUGAUCGAAAUUCCAUUGUUAGGUGGAUUGAAGAAGGGCACUGUACUUGUCCGAAAACCGGUCAAGUGCUCAUCGACUCUCGUCUCGUCCCAAAUCGAGCUCUUAAAAACCUGAUCCUGCAAUGGUGCAUGGCCAGCGGGAUAUCUCAUGACUCGGAGAUCAUAGAGACACCAACCGAGCCUUUCGGGUUGGCUCUCCCGACGAAAGCCGCAGUCGAAGCUAACAAAGCCACUGUGUUGAUCCUUAUCCAGAAUCUGGCAAAUGGGUCGGAAGCAGCUCAGACAGUGGCAGCUCGGGAAAUACGCCUUCUGGCCAAAACUGGGAAGGAAAACCGUUCCUACAUUGCAGAGGCCGGCGCAAUACCACAUCUGUGCAGGCUUCUGAAGUCUCAAAACCCUAUUGCCCAAGAGAAUUCCGUGACAGCAAUGCUUAAUCUAUCCAUCUACGAAAAGAACAAAAGGCGGAUCAUGGAGGAAGAGAACUGUUUGGAGUCGAUAGUGUGUGUUCUUAUCUCUGGCCUAACUACGGAAGCACAGGAAAACGCUGCAGCCACAUUGUUCAGUCUGUCUGCGGUACACGACUAUAAGAAACGGAUAGCGGGUGUUGAAGGAUGCAUAGAGGCAUUAGCCUUGCUGCUAAAAAACGGGACACCGAGAGGGAAGAAAGACGCUGUAACGGCAUUGUAUAACAUAUCGACGCAUGUAGAAAACUGCAGCAGAAUGGUAGAGAGUGGAGGAGUGGCGGCCCUCGUGGUGGCACUUUCGAACGAGGGUGUGGCAGAGGAAGCGGCCGGGGCAUUGGCCUUGAUGGUGAGGCAACCGUUAGGAGCACGAGCCAUAGGACGGGAGGAAUCCGCUGUCACGGGUCUCAUAGCCAUGAUGAGAUGUGGAACCCCUCGGGGGAAAGAGAAUGCGGUGGCUGCAUUGCUCGAACUCUGCAGGAGUGGCGGAGCUGCAGUGGCCGAGAAGGUGGUGAGGGCACCGGCUCUAGCGGGUUUGAUCCAAACCCUUUUGUUCACUGGCACGAAGCGGGCCCGGAGAAAAGCAGCUUCGCUGGCUCGGGUUUUCCAGAGGUGCGAAAAUGGAGCUCUCCGGUCGGGCGGAUUAGGGUUUUCAGGUAACUCGAACGGGAACAGAGAUGGUGGAUUCACCACUGAUGUCUCAGUCCCAAUCUCCAUAUCAGUACCUGUUUUGUAAUCUCUGUUGUUUCACUGCAAAAUCUCAGAGGGGACAAGAAAAUUUUUUUGUUGGUGAUGUCUAAACGCAUUCAUUGGUUGGGAGAUAUGUAUACAUAAGGUUUAGAGCAGAAUGUUAUAUAUAUAUAUAUAUGUAUAUGUGUGUGUGGAUGGGGAAACAAAGGAAGAAAGAGUUUAUGAUGUUGGAAAAUUCUCUGUUCUGUUAUGUUCUGUUA